GCGGUGUGGCAAAGGUUUUCGGGCGUUUAGAAACCUGUUUCGCCAGCACACAUCACUACAUACAUGUUAUGAGUCUGCUAGAGUUAGCUGGAAGUGAACGUCUAUUAUUAACCACCUUUGUACGGAAUAUGCCUGAACUAGAAUGUGAAGUUAAUGAAGCUGUUUAGUUUUAGAAAAGCUCUGAGUUGACGUCUUUUGAUUACAGCUUAGGAGAAUCGGAACAUGCCAUGUAGACAGGUAAACACAGGUGCGCCUUAUGACGCGCCACGCACGCAGAGAUAGCUAUCGUAUGCAAUUGUAAUCACAGCUUUAGAAAUGACCAUCAAUUAAAGGGAGUCCGGCACAGGAGGAGCCACCAACAGGGCUCUGCUCCCCUAGCCCAAAGAAGGAACCUCACCGCAAACCUCAAACACACAUGGAUGUCCAGGGUUUCAAGUGGGUGCGCUGGCGUGUCUGGUUGUGUCGCAUCGGGGCCUUAUUGUCUCUGGGUCUGCUGCUGAUGCUGUUCCAUUGGAACCCUCGUCUAGGUGUCCUUGUUCGCUGCGUCUCCUGUCCUCCAGCCAUUGCAGAAAUCCUGCUUCUCAGGGACAGUUUCGGGCAUCAUUAUGUUGUGGAGGUCCUCACCGAAGAGCUGGAGGGCAGUUUAGAGCUGGCAGAGAGUGAGGCAGACAGUUCAGACUGGAGAGAUACUGUCCAACUACACAAAGAACAGGUACCAAUGCUGCGUUACUACCUGUUUGAGGGGAUGCGUUAUAUAUGGAUGGCCAGGAAAGGAGCUUUCUGUCGUGUAAGUGUGCUCAAUGAGGAGUGGACGUGUGCUGACCUUUAUGGAUACAGAGAGGGCCUGAGCCGCCGGGAACAGGACUCCAGGAGGAAGUUUUAUGGGAGCAAUCUCAUUGAUGUUCCUGUGAAGUCCAUCAUGCGUCUACUGGUUGAGGAGGUGCUCAACCCAUUCUACGUGUUCCAGGUGUUCAGCAUUGUUUUGUGGCUGGCUGAUAAAUACUAUUACUAUGCUGCCUGCAUCUUUUUCAUCUCCCUCAUUUCCAUCUCUGUGUCUCUUUAUGAGAUUCGCAAGCAAAGCACCAUGCUACGUAGCAUGGCUCAGCUUAUAACGAAUGUUACUGUUCGCAGAAGUUCUGGAGAGGAAGAUAGUGUGAGUUCGGUGGAGCUGGUCCCGGGAGACUGUGUACUGAUCCCUCAGGAGGGGCUGCUGCUUCCCUGCGACGCUGUCCUUCUGGCUGGUGAAUGCAUGGUGAAUGAGAGCAUCCUCACUGGUGAAAGUAUCCCUGUGAUGAAGACUCCACUGCCGGCUGCUGCGGGGCGUUACAGUGCUGAGGCCCAGCAAAGACACACGCUGUUUGGCGGCACGCUAUGUAUUCAGGCCAGAGGAGGGGCCAUUGCUGUGGUCACAAGCACAGGUUUUUACACAGCCAAGGGAGAACUUAUCAGCUCCAUCCUUUAUCCUCAACCCAUCAACUUUCGCUUCUACCAAGACGCCAUGAAAUUCCUGCUCUUUCUGGGAGGUGUAGCAUUAUGUGGCACAAUAUACAGCAUUGUGAUUCUAAGCAGAACUAAUAUCAUGUGGUGGGAGCUGUUGAUCCGAGGGUUAGACAUCGUGACCAUUGUGGUACCGCCUGCCCUCCCUGCCGCCAUCACCACUGGCACAAUCUAUGCCCAGCGUCGUCUGAAGGAACAAGGGGUCUACUGCAUCAGCCCCCCACGCAUCAACAUCUGUGGAAAGGUUUCGAUGUUCUGCUUUGACAAGACAGGCACUCUCACUGAGGAGGGGCUGGACGUGUGGGGAGUGGUGGAGGGCAGUGGAGCUGGGUUCUCUGAGAUCGUCCCUGACCCGCGCUUCUUGCCCCAGGGGCCCAUGCUGUCUGCUCUGGCCUGCUGCCACUCUGUGGCCUUGCUGGGAGGACAGCCCCUGGGAGACCCUCUGGAGCUGAAGAUGAUCGAGUCUACUGGCUGGGAGCUGGAAGAGCCUUCAGGAGAUGACAAGACAUUAGACUUAGAGUUCGGGGGUCACAGGGUCUUGGCAGUGAUGCGACCCCCUGCCUGCCAGCUCCAACCUGAGAGUGUAUCCAUCAAUCAGGCAGUGGCCCUUGUACAGCGCUUCCCUUUCUCCCCAUCCCUUCAGCGGAUGAGUGUCGUGACCGUGGCCCCUGGGGGAAAGUCUUCUCUCGCAUUCAUCAAAGGGGCCCCAGAAAUGCUGGCCAGCCUCUGCCAGAAAGAAAGCGUUCCUGCUCAGUUCUCAAACACUCUGCAUACCUUCGUGAGUCAAGGUUUCAGGGUGCUAGCUCUCGGCUACAAACCUCUGCAUGGUCAGACUGACUUGAGUUCUAUUAAACGGGAAGAGGUAGAGAGAGAUGUGCAGUUCUUGGGUCUGCUGGUGAUGAAGAAUCUGGUCAAGAAGGAGAGUGCAGAGGUCAUCGAUACCCUCAGAUUGGCACAUCUGCGUAGCGUCAUGGUCACAGGUGACAACAUUCUGACUGCGGUUAACGUGGCUCAAGCCUGUGGGAUGGUGGGCACAGAUGAGAGGGUGAUUUUUGUCCAUGCCACCCCCCAAACAGACCAGUCUCUGCCCUCAUUGCGCUUCCACCUGGGGGAAGAAGGGGCUGGGGCCAUACAGGGUUCAGAAGACAUACACAGUCAGGGUCUGUACCAGGGUGGUAGCAAAUAUCACCUGGCUAUCAAUGGAAUGUCCUUCUCUGCCCUGUGUGACUACUUCCCUGAGUAUCUGCCAAAGGUGUUGAUGCGAGGAACGGUAUACGCACGGAUGGCCCCUGAACAGAAAACUCAGCUGGUCAAAGAGCUGCAGAAACUAAACUACCGUGUGGGUAUGUGUGGAGACGGCGCCAAUGACUGCGGAGCCCUGAGGGCUGCAGAUGUAGGUGUGUCUCUGUCGGAGGCUGAGGCUUCGGUUGCCUCCCCCUUUACUUCCAAAUCAGACAACAUCAGCUGUGUGCCUCUUCUCAUCCGUGAGGGCCGGUGUUCUCUGGUGACUUCAUUCAGUCUGUUCAAGUACAUGGCCCUGUACAGUCUCAUCCAGUUCACCUCUGUGCUAAUCCUCUACACUGAGAAGACUAAUCUAGGUGACCUGCAGUUCCUGUUCUUUGACAUGGUCCUGGUGACACUGCUGGCUAUUGUGAUGGGCAAAGGGGGCCCAAGCACAGAGCUGCACCCCCAGCGGCCCCCCGCCAGCCUGCUUUCACUGCCAGUUCUGGCAAGCCUGACGUUGCACACGCUCCUGCUCAUCCUUGGCCAGGUAUCUGCUCUGGUGAUCACCGUCUCCCAGGACUGGUUUGUUCCUCUUAAUUCAACAAUGUCAGGAGCAAAUAACCUGCCCAACCUUGAGGACACUAGUGUAUUUGCCUUAUCAGGGUACCAGUACAUAAUCAUGGCAGUAGUGGUGACGAAAGGAUACCCUUACAAGAAACCUCUGUACUAUAACGUGGUUUUUGUGUGUGUACUGCUGGUCUUGUUCGUGCUGAUGAGUUGGCUGGUGCUGGCUCCUAUGCCUUUCAUUCGCAAGCUGCUGAAGCUGUAUGUCAUCCCUGAUAUGAACUUCAAAAUGCUGCUUGUGGCCCUCGCUGCACUCAACUUCAUCACCUGCUUCCUGUUAGAGGUGCUGAUAGACCACGGUAUUUUGAACUGCCUGUAUCUGCUACGAAGGAGGAAACAGUCCAAGAAACAAUACAAGCGCCUAGAUGUCCUUCUGUCAGAAUCUCCCUCCUGGCCACCCCUGGACGAACCACUAGCCCCGAUCCAGUGCACAGUGAUUGGCCUGAGCUAGCAUUAGACUUCACUCCCAUUGGACAAUAUUAUUAUUAUUACUACUAUUGCCAAAUAGUGCUUCAAGUCUGAACCACAUCCACAAUAAUAAUAUGGCUGAAGUUAGUUAUUUUAAUUGUUUUACCCUUUAUUUCUCCCCCUUCCCAAUGUCAUGAAAUCCAAUGAUGUCCUUACCUCAUCACAGCAACACCCGACUGGCUCGGGAAAGUCAAUGAUCUGUGUGCCCUGAAGCAUAUCU